UAAACAAGAUGUCGGCCUACGAGAAAAGUCCCUCGAAGGGGAAAGCGCCCUCUCUCCAGGGAGGCUUGGGAGCCUCCCGAGCUGUAAUCCAGGCAAUACUGUCGCUCGCAGCAAAACAUCGUCGGACACAAUGGCCUGCUUUUCCCAUGGGACAGAGAACGAAAGGGACUUUCAAAAGCGCCUCCUCCUACCUCCUCCAACAGCUCAUGCACCGCUCCCGCUCUCCGGAUGCAGAAGUGGAGGCGCACCAUCAGAACGAAGAGGAGUCCGAAGAGUCCGAGGAAUCCGAAACGAUGAAUUUGGAGGAGGAGUUUGAUGGGAUCCUGAGAGAGGAGGCUGUGGCUGAGGCACUCGAUGAACUGGGGUGGUCAGGCCCUGGGACGGAGCAGGUCUACCUCAACCUGAAUUUAUCACACUGUGAUUUAACUGACAUCAGCAUUCUGCGUGACUAUAUUCACCUGCAGAAGUUGAAUCUUUCGGGAAACAAAAUCGAAGAUCUGUCUUGUGUGAGCUGCAUGCCUUAUCUUCUAGAACUAAAUGCUUCUCAGAACAAGCUGACUACCUUCUUCAAUUUCAAGCCACCCCAAAAUCUCAAGAAGGUGGAUUUUUCCUCCAACCAAAUUUUUGAAAUGUGUGACCUGUCGGCGUACAACACUCUCACUCAGCUGAUUUUGGACAACAACGAGAUAAAAGAAAUCAAUGGGCUAGAGAGCUGCAUCAGCCUGACCCACCUUAGUCUGGCUGGCAACAAGAUCACCACAAUUAACGGCUUAGGAACAUUACCCAUCAAAGUGCUUUGUUUGCGCAACAACCAGAUUGAGACCAUCAUGGGUCUGGAGGAACUGAAAGCCUUGCAGAAGGUGGAUCUGUCCUACAAUCAGAUCAGUAGCCUCCAGGGUUUGGAGAACCACGACCUCCUGGAAGUGAUCAACCUCGAGGAUAACAAGAUUGAGGAGCUGAGCGAAAUAGAAUACAUUGAAAAUCUUCCUAUCCUUCGAGUUCUCAAUCUACUAAAGAAUCCAAUUCAGAACAAAUCUGACUACUGGCACUUCGUAAUAUUUAUGCUGCUGCGACUGACAGAAUUAGAUCAGCAGAAGAUUAAAGUGGAAGAAAAGGUUUCUGCAGUGAAUAAGUAUGACCCUCCUCCUGAAGUGGUUGCUGUCCGAGAUCACAUGACCCAUGUUGUCAACAGCAUGUCGCAGCCACAAAGGAUCUUUGACAGCACCCUGCCAAGUCUGGAUGCCCCUUAUCCCAUGCUGAUCCUAACUGGUCCCGCAGCUUGUGGGAAACGAGAACUCGCCCACCGCCUCUGCAGACAGUUUAACACUUACUUCAGAUACGGGGCCUGUCACACCACGAGACCGCCUUACUUUGGUGAAGGAGACCGAGUUGAUUAUCACUUUAUCUCUCAAGAAGUUUUUGAUGAAAUGCUGAACAUGGGGAAAUUUAUUCUAACAUUUAAUUACGGUAAUCACAAUUAUGGAUUAAAUAGGGACACUGUAGAAGGUAUUGCAAGAGACGGAUUAGCAAGCUGCAUUCAUAUGGAAAUAGAAGGUGUAAGAAGUUUGAAAUAUUCCUAUUUUGAGCCUCGAUAUAUCUUGGUGGUGCCCAUGGACAAGGAAAAAUACGAGGGAUAUUUGCGGAGGAAGGGACUAUUUAGUCGAGCAGAAAUUGAAUUCACUGUCUCCAGGGUGGACGUUUAUGUGAAAAUUAAUCGGAAAUUUCCAGGAUAUUUUGAUGCAGUGAUCAAUGCAGAUGAUCUGGACAUUGCCUACAAAAAGCUAAGUGAUCUCAUUCGAGAAUACCUGGGAUUGACUGAGGAAGCUGCUAAGGGCUUGGCUCCAGCUGCAGAUAUUAAGAAAUCUUACCUGAAAUCUGGAGAUGUUCAUAGGAAGUCCGUUUCUUCCCAUACUGGUGAAUUCUUGGAUUCAACAGACAGAAACUACUAUACUAAAUUAUGGGCCAAACUUUCAUCCAAAAAGUCACCUGUGGAAAGAGAUUCUCUCCAAAGACAGCAUGAGACAGCCCGGCAGGCACUCAUGGGAAAGACGCCCCGUGGUCACACACUCCUGUUUCAAAGGGGUCCGGUACCAAUACCUACUGUCAGUGGCCUGCAGUAUUUUACAACAUUGGAGGAAAUACAGAAAAAUUUUGAGCUCUGUGAAGAUCACACUAAAAUCCCCUUUGGACCAUACCCUGAAAUGAGCAAGGAUCCCUAUAUUUCUAUGAGAUACUCUACAUUAUUUCACGCUUGUCCGUGGGCCAAAGAAAUUCCUUUUCAGCUCCCAGAGGGAGGGGCUUCUUCACGCCCAGGAUCGGCAGCAAGUGACAACGAAGUGGACCGGGCUUUGAAAGUGAUGCACAUACCAGCAUCUGCACAGGAAAAAAUUUUUGUCCAGCACAAAAAAUUCUCUGCAGCUCCAAUAAGUAACCCGGGUGCCAACACCAAACCUACCCUUCCUCCGAUACCACAUGGCCGCAGAUAGACCGGCACUGUGAGCGCUGAUCUUUGCAAAUAGACCAGCACUAUCUGAUCUGAACAUGAAAAAUGGAAAGCUUGUUCUAACAAAGUCCAGUCCUUCCUUCAUCUUAUACAGCCGUGGAUCUCAGCUGUUUCUGAUGUAACCAACUCAUGACUGAAGAAAGAGUCUAAAUCUCUCCAUCAAUUUAAAUUGUGAUUCUCUGAAGAGCAUCUUUUGCUUAUUUAUUUUUUAUUUGCGAUGUUAGUUAUUCUUAACCUGAAAAAUGUCGUUUGAGUUUUUUUCUUCCCUCAACCGAUUUCCCCAGGUGCUUCCUGUUCAGAGAUCUAAGAUACCAAAAUCUCCCAACAUUUUUUCAUUUUAUGCACAGUGUGACCUUUGGGUAUAUCCAACUGGGGUUGUAUGGUUCAGAUUUUCAUGACUAUGAUGAUGCACUCAAAAUAUUAAGUUUUUUAUUCUAAUUAUGAAAACAUGGUAGAACACCAUUUAACUUGUGACUAAUAUGAUAUCAACUGUACCUCUCAAAAGAAUUAAUCAAUAUAAUUUGGGGAGCUCUUUAGUACCACUAAGGAAUAAAAAAAUAUCAUAAUUAUUUUAUUUCA